CAGGAACCUGACGACAGGUUAAGUGCCAGGGUUAAUCAACGAGUGUGAAAAUCUCGAAUCACAUUUGAUGUGUAGUCUCAGUGUUGUUACCGCAGUCACAAUACAUUGAGCUGCUCCUUAGAGACCGAUAUUGGAAGGAUAAGAAGACUUCAUUUCAACACAAUGUUCUCUGUUUUAUCGAUUGUUGUUUUCUUUGUAACGACUCAACAGUCAGUCAUCGACGCAUCUGAGCAUGUUUGGUCUAGCUGGAGUUCGUGGAGUGCUUGUAAUGUAUACGACAUUGCCCGACAAACACGAUUCAGAAAAUGUCUUGACAAGAAUAGUAAAAUAUCGAGUCGAUGUUCUGGACUAUCAAAACGUAUCCGUCAGUGUCAAAGUUGUUCUUAUACGCUACUCAAUCGAAAGGGAGAGUCGGGAUCAAGUGUUGCUAAUAUAACGUCAGGUAUUCACGCGACAAAAACAGCGUGGUGCGUGUCACAGCCGUCAGAUGGGAGCAAGUAUGUUGAAAUUUCAUUUAAAAACUUUGUACAGUUAACUGGCAUCGGAAUGCAGGGUGACGCCAAUGGCUAUGUCAAGAAAUAUAAAAUAAAAUAUAGCUACGACCGUGAAAUAUGGUUUUCAUAUUCAGAUGACGAAUUAGCUGGGAAUGUCGACGCUACUCGUUUAGUAAGUAAUAUGUUCAAGUCUCGUCUCGUGGCGCAUCAUAUUCGAGUCUACCCGACGAGUUAUACUGCGCGUGCGUGUUUCAAAGUACAAUUGUACGGUUGCGAGUACAAUUGUGGCGGACUAAUUACCCACGAUGCACCACUGAUCCGACCACCCAGCGCGAGCGAACACGUCGAAGAAUUAAACUGCCUGUGGAGAAUCAAGUCAAAAUUCGCGACCAAACUACAACUAAAGUUUUCAUACUUCAAAUUAUUCUGCAAGAGCGGAAUGUUAGAUUUGUACGACGGGACACGCAGCCCGAACAAUGACGAGAACCUUGUGGAGGGAUAUUGCGGGCAUUCAGGCAAAGUUGCUUCCCAGAUAUUCGAAGGCGGAUCUCUUUGGCUGCAUUAUCAUACAAACGCAACCACAAGCGAUAUUGGUUUUAACAUUCAAGUCAAUAGCUUUGUUGUCAAAUCACUCAAUGAAACAUCUGGGCAAGUCGUGCUACCAAACACUGGCUACUCAGAUAUCUACCGCUAUAGCUGGAUUAUAACAGCCCCUCGGGAUAAUGACACCAUUGAACUGACACUGGAUUAUUUUCUAAGUAAUAAUACCAGAAAGGUCGGCACCAAAUGCGUUGCUGACGUGAUCAUAAUUCACCAUGGAAGCCAAGGAGAGACACUUGUCCAGAAAUAUUGUGAUGCAAAACAACGCAAAGUGUUUACGUCAAUUAACGGAUUUAUGAAAAUCAAAUACAAAUCUAGAACUUACAAUCCUAAGUGGAGAAUAAAAUUUUCUUAUGAAAUUCUUGGUUAUCCUAAAACUACUACAGUACGUGCAACUUUGCAGGACAAAGAUGUUAUAACCGAGCGCAGCACACAACAUAUUCCAUCAAACAAUACCAAUACAACAAAAGUCGAAGCAACACAGAAAAAACACGCGCCAGACAGUUCAAGUAAAGUUCCAAUAAUUAUCUCGAGUGUCCUAGCUGUUCUUAUAGCUACUGUUUGUUUGGUCGCGUUGGCACAUUAUCUCAAAAAGCGUAACGAGUAUCUUAGGAAACACCCCUAUGACUGCAGUAACCGGCCUAUGUCGCAUUUCGGUGACCAAGAUGCGACGCCCUUUAUCAAUACAAAUCUACUCAUGUGGAAUGAUUCUAAAGAUUCCAAAAACUCCGAGAAACCUAAGAAUUUCGAGAAAUCCAAGAAAUCUCUACCCGUGAUCGAAGUGACACUCAGUGAAAACGAACCUCAGCGCUUCAGUAUUAUUCCUCCAGAGAUGCUAAAGUCGAGCAGCGAGGUUUCAAUGGGAGGACCUGGGAACGAGGACACUGGUACACUAAAGGUCAGUGAUAACUUUACCGAGGAGUGCAUGAAGUUAUUGAAUAAUAACUUGAGUUCAGCAUCGGAGGAUAAUAAUGAUGAAUACAACCCUGCAGAAAAAGACGUUGAAAGAUAUGGCAGCCUGCCCGAAGCUGAUCGUAGAUCACCAGAAGUUGAUGAUGGUCGAAAUAGUUUACCUGAGGCGGAGGGUCCAUCACCAGAAACUGAUAAAUUGUUACAAAUUAAGUAAGAUUUAUAUGACUAUAUUUCAAGUAUCUAAUUCGUUACACAGGUCUCAUUAAUAAUAGUCAAUGCGCCUCUGACCAGAUAUAUAAUAGAACUUUUCCUGUUUAGAUUUUUGUAAGCCAAAGAUUGCUAACAAAUAAAAAUUUUUAAACAAUUUCCCUGCACAAGUUCAAAAAGUGCGCUCUCAACUGUUAAUAAUGCCUGUUGAUAUAGUAUUCAUAUUCCAUAUGUUUAAGAAAAAUGUUCAUGAUACAUAAAUGAUGUUAACGUUAGUUUGUUUGUGAUUAUCCAAGUAGUAUUAAAUAAGUAGGAAGGAACUUUUAAUAGUCUUUUUGUAUAAACCAAUAAUAACAUUUAAAUAUAAAUAUAUACUUUUUGUUUUUUAACAUAGACCUUGUUUCAUAGCUGUGCAAUGCCAAAUAUAGUAGGAAUAGGAUGUGAACAAUAAAGUUAUUUUAUUA